AUGCAGUUCGUUACUGGUAUCUCUAUCUAUAGCAAUGGUGGCCUAACAAAGCUUAAUGAUGAUCAAGAUGUCAUAGACAUGCUUGUAUUUGUACCAGAGACAAGGCUAAUUGACAUCUUCCUACAUCAUGGGGUUGAUAGUAAUGAGGAAGCUGAUAUUGUGCUUAACAGAGGAGUUGUGAUUGAGGAGCUUGAUGACAAUUAUGAGGCUAUUAUUCCUAAGAGCUCAAUGAAGACCCAAAUGGGGAACAAAGUGGUGGGGGUACGCAAAAGCCAAGGGAAUCCUGUGCAAGACAUGGUGUUUCUGAAAAAGGCAAAGAAAAGGCAGUAUAGAGGGAAUCUUCUGCUGUGCAAAAAGACAAAGAAAGAGCUGUUGAGAAGGAAUCUGCUGCUACUGUACAAAAAGGGAAAAGUAAAGUCAGUUCUGUUUUUGGGAAAAGGAGGGCAAAAGGUUUUGGUAAAAGGAGGUGCAAAAAUGUAA